CAAAAUGUCAAUUUAAUAUACUUAGGAUGAAUUGCUCACCUUUCAAUAUUAUUUUAACAAGUGCGAUAGGACUGUAAUUAUUUAUUAUCAUCAAUCUUAAAGGGUUAAGGAAUACUUGAUUAUGAUGUGGUGAUUAAAGUCUUUAAGGCAAGUGGUUUGAAUUAAUAGAUUUUAGGGGUAAUGUUAUUAACCAAUAUUUAUAGAGAAUAUAGUAAAUAACAUAAUCUAAUGAAUAAAUAUUCACAAAAGAUGAAUUUUUUGCUGCUCUUAAAUUGAUUGCAUUAGUCUAAAAGGGUUAUCCUCUAGAUGAGAAGUUACUUACUUAAAAUAUACCCUGUCCAUUACCUUUAAUUCAAGGAUUCUAAUUACCAAAUUAUGAUAUCUCAAAUGAGUAGUUGCAAAAAUAUGAAAAUUAUUUUCUAACCAUAGAUUAAGAUGGCACUUAAAUAAUAUAAGGCAUGCAAGCAAGAGCCAUGUUUUCUAAAUCAGGGUUAAGUUUAGAUUAACUCAAAGAAUUAUGGAAUCUUUGUGAUAUUGGUGAAAAGGGACAUCUCAAUAAAGGAGAAUUUAUUGUUGCUUUACAUUUAAUUUAAUUGUGUUCUAAAGAAAAAUAUCCUUUACCGAUCUCUUUAACUGAUUCAUUAUUAUAAAUUAUUGGAAGAUUCUCAAGUAAUCCUAAUGGAGCUAGAUUAUCAUCAAAUUCAAACAUAAUCCCUCAAUAAAGAUUUGGUUCAAAUUCGAAUAUACUCAAUUAGCCAAGACCAAGAUUAGGUUCAAAUGCCAAUAUUCGAUUACAACCUAUCUAAAAUUUUUAAUAGGUACAAUCAGUUAUUUUACCAUUAAAUAUUCCAACAAAUGUUAGUAUGAUUCCAGGAAAUGAUUAAAAUGGUAUAAAUUCAACACGUUUAUAAGUCAAUGAUUCUACAUAACAAGUUUAUUAAAUGUAGAAUUAACUAAAUUAACUUUAUUAAAGUAUUUUGCUAGAAAAAUAAGAGGAUACAAAAUAAAUGUAAGUCUUAAAUGAUAAGUAAAUAAAUGAUUGAUUUGUAGUAUGAAACUUAUGUUGUCAAAUUUAUAAGAACAAUAUAGAGUUUUAAAUGAAGAAUUAAACAGAAUAAGAUUUUAGAAAUAGGGUUUAACUUAGUAGAAUUAAUAAUUGCAACAAUAAAUUGGAAUUUAAAUAUAAUAAAAUAAAGAUUAGUUAGCUCUGUUAUAAUAAGAAUAAUAAUAGCAAUAAUAAUAGCAAUAAUAAUAGCAAUAAUAAUAGUAAUAAUAAGAAUAAUAAUAUUUAUAACCUCCUCCAUAAUCUCAUCCAUAUCAUUUUUAAGCCAUGACAUAAAAUUAAUAAUAACAAUUAAAUUAACCAUAAUUUACUUAAUAAAAUUUUGGAUUUCCAGAUAUGGUAAUAUAAUAAUAUAUGUUUUAAUAGAAUUAUGGUAAUUCUAGUCCUUAACCUUAAACAAAUUAAAUUAAGAUAUAACCUUAAAUACAUGAUAAUUAAUUUAUUCCCGAUGAUGUUGAAAAAUAUCCUGGCAUAUUAAAAAAUCAACCAGGUAUUUUAAAUAAUACUAAAAUUAGAAACAUAAAAAAAGCAAGUAUCAUUUGCAUUAAAUGACGACCCACUUCCAUGGUGA